GAGAACCAUUCGGUUUAGUGUCCGUCAGUCAGCGGCCGCCGUCGACGAUGGUGAAAGUGUGUCUCUUGGAAUGCAGUCGGAGCCAAUCGUGAAAUCUUCGCCAGUUCAUCCUCGACAUCGAGCCCAACACAGUCAUUCCAAUCCGAUCAGUUUCAAUCGAUUUCGUUCGGCCGUCAAUAACGUGGCGUUCCACCAUUUCCAUCAGUUAGUUCCACCUAACAAGGCGGUCGAAUCGGACGAAUUUUCCAUGUCCGGUCAUCAGCAUCAAAUGGGACGGUUACGUAAGUUCACCGGAGCGAGUCUGCUCAGUCGCUUUCGUUCCGGAUCCAAGACGACGAGCGAAGACGACGAAACUCCAGCAGCCCGUGCGGCAGUGACUAACGUCGACAGUGGCCCUCAACAGACUUUGCACUCCGCUAACGUGUCGGAUCCAGUUACUGGCUGUAUCGUUUCGUCCAGUGAUGACGUUGCAGACCAUUCUUGGGCCUCAGCUAGGCGUGAACAGAGUAACUGCAACGACGCCGCAGCGGGUGACAAGACGGAAAAAUUGAUUAAUGGUAUCGAAGCAGAAAGAGAGUCCAAACGCUCGUCCACAAACGCCACUGACUGUGAUGAACGACAGAGUUGGCAAGAGGUGGCCCACCAGGCUGACGAAACUCAAAGAGCAACCCUAUCGGACCAAAUGAGCCCACAACAAGCAUCAGCCCCUUCGCCCAAACGCCCGUCAUCUCUGCCUCCAUGUAAUGACGAUUCAGAUACGGACGGAGUCAGAGUGUACAAGAAGGUUUCCACCAAUGGAAAGUUGGUACUCUACCUCCUCAACCGUGAUUUAAUUAUUACAAAAGACACCAUCACGCCACUUCACGCCGUCAUCACCGUCGACGCCGAGGAAGUACGCAACAAAAAGAUAUUUGCUCAAAUUCUGCUGACAUUUCGCUACGGUCGCGACGACGAGGAAGUUAUGGGACUCAAAUUGAGUAACGAGUCUGUGCUGUGCGUCGAGCAAAUCUAUCCGCUCCUUCCAGGCGCUCGGCUUCCUCAACCGCUCACCAAAUGCCAGGAAGUGCUGAUGAAGCGACUUGGACCAAAUGCUCACCUCGUUAACUUGAAACUCAAUCACACCGUUCCGGCAUCGGUUCGUCUUCUUCCGGCAAAAGAAUAUCGGGGAGCAGCAAUUGGAAUCAACUACGAUCUCAGAAUCUACACGGCCGAAAGUAUCGAGGAAAAGCCACAGCGACGGAGCCAAAUACGCAUGGCCAUCCGUCUGGUGCAGUACGCUCCGUUGGAAUUGCAGCAAACGGAGGCACCUUUAUUACGGCUCGACAAGCACUUUCUACUCCGCGAGGGCGCUCUCAAAGUUGAAGUUGGACUCGAUCGUCAAUGGUACACUCAAGGAUCUCCCAUCAACGUCUGCGUUCGCAUUCACAAUCGAUCGUCCCGCAUUGUAAAGAAGAUCCAGAUAAAGGCUGUUCAGCACGUCGAUGUAACCAUGUUUUCCAACGGGAAAUUCAAAAACACGAUCGCUAUUUUGGAGGAAAUGGACGGGCUGCCGUUAACGACGGGCAACACACUCGAUCGUCAGUACCCUCUCACGCUGAUGGAAAACGGAGGAGGCCGACACUGGGUGGCACUCGAAGACCGCUACGGAAGGCUGACAGCAACGCUGGCCUCAACGACGUUGAAAAGCGAUCCCAACGAACGUCAUUUUUUCGCCAUUUACAUUUCUUAUUACGUCAAAAUACGGCUGGUCGUCAGCGGCGUUGGUGGUGAUGUUUCCACCAAGAUUCCCUUCAUACUGAUGCGAGAUGGACCGGAAAUCAUGCCCGUCGAAACUGAAAAUACGAGUGACGAUGCCAAUCAAUCUGCUCAGAGUCCGCAACGACAAACAAGUCCUCCGCCGUCUUUGAACAACGCCUCAACUUUGGAUGACGUCAGUCACACCAAAUGUGUGGUGGAGAAUGCGCCACUAUCGAAAGAAACAGGGCUCGUCGACACCGAACUUCAUUCGGAGCCAAAAUCACUCACUUCUGACCAAGAAAAUUCGUUGAGCGAGAUUCAACAAAUCCCCGAUCGUUCCAGUUCUCCAAUCGAAGGAGUGGAAUAAAGUGGGAAACUGUAACUCUUUCCCGUCACACCUUCUAAAAGAAACCGUUGACGCAGUACGGAACGCACAGGGGCAGCUACAAGUGGACGGAGGAAAAUGUGGUCGCCGUUCGGAUUCAAUUGGGAUUUCGUUUUCCCUAUCAUGUAUGAAUAAUAAGUAUAUAUUAUUUUGUUGACUUACCAUGAAAGCCGGCCCACUUGUAACCACGCACGAUGACUUUGCUGUGUUCUUGUUUUGGCUCUGCGUCACCCUGCAUAUCCACGCGGAUCAGAACGUAUUUAAACCGACCAGAAUCAAUAUCAACAGCUGGGAUGGCGUCUAAUUUGGCAGGCAAUGUCGUCAUACUUUUAAAGAGUUGAAGAGUUUGAUUACCUGUUGAAAAAAAGGAAACAAAACUUUAUUGAUUUUAUUUCGAUAUAGUAUUUGGUUCUCUCAUGUAAAUUAGAAAAAGGAACACACAUCUCUUUUUUGCAUGUUCUAGAAUACAAACUAUUAAACAUACUUGUGGUCAGGCAACAGAGGUCAGGUAGUGAACUUGGCUAGACAUGGAGCCUGCCUGAUUUGUACAACUAUAUUACAUUUAUGGCUGUUGAAUAUUGUAAUGUGAAGGCCAAGGCAAAAGAUGUUUUCUCCAA